AUGUCCGGCGCCCUCGCAACAAACUACUUCCUCGAAGGCUACGCAACACAGCACCGCGACGCCAUGCGCGCCCGCGCCGCCGCCGAAGGCCGCACGCUGAGCGUCGAGAACCCGGAGAGCAAGCGGAUCCAGCAACAGAAAUCUUCACUGUCAUCAUCGCAAUCGCAGUCGCAGCCUUCAACAACAACAACACAACACGAGCAACAGCAAAACAACAAAACGAGUUGGUGGUCCUCGAAAUUCAACAAGGGCAGCAGCAAGAGCUCGUCGGCGAAAGAGCAGCAGCAGGAGGCGGAUGCCAAGUCUCUGCAUAGUUUCUCGUCCGGGUCGUCUUAUUGA